AUGCGCGCGGCGGCGGCCCGCGUCGCCUCCGGGACGCGCGCGCGCGCGUCGCCGCGGUGUCGCGCGCGGGCGGCCUCGACGCCGCCGCGCGCGCCCGCGCUCGUGAUUUCGCGCACGGUGCGCGCUGGAGAGCGCGUCGAACACGACGGCGAUGUGUUGGUGUGCGGGGACGUCGAGCGGGACGGUGCGGUGCGCGCGACGCGCGGCGACGUCACCGUCUGGGGCUCGCUCUUGGGUGAAGUCGAGGCUUGCGAACCAGACGCGUGCGUGCGGGCGAUCGACAUGCGGCCGGCGGCGCUGCGCGUCGGCGGCGCGCGGUGGCGGUUGUCGACGGCGAAGGACGCGACUGGACGGCCGGCGGUCGCGCGCGCGGCGGCGGACGGCGUGGAUGUGGUCGUAUGCGAUGAAAACGUCGGAGGAGAUUGCUCGACGUCGACGAGCGUGCGGCGAUCGAGUCUGUUGACGGGCGCGUACAUCGGCGCCGUCGGUUUGGCGUUGCUCGUCGCGCCCGCGGCGACGUUUUCCAUCCUGUUUAACGCCGCAGACAUCACGAGCGCGUGGAUUCGCGUGUUUGGAGUGCUUUGCGUGACGUUUGGGGCGUAUUACGUCGGCACGCCGCUGUACGAACUUCGAGGUUUCGGCGCCGAAUCGUUUUACCGCAGCACCGUUCUCGGUCGAGCCUUUGUCUUCGCCUCGCUCUGCGUCUUGGCCGCGUUCGAGCGGCGCGCCAGGGUCGGUUUAAUCGCACUCGGCGUCAUAAACGCUUUGAGUGCGUCUGUCAUGCAUCGCGCGCUCGAGCGUGGGCGGGAUCGCGAGUGA